AUUUAUUGAUUUUAAAUACACAUUGAAUACUAGCCUACAAUUGGUAUCACUGUAUUCAACAGUACAGGCAGCCGGUCACGUGACCGGGACAUUAUCUGGCCUAGUAUAUAAUUAUCUAAAUAGGCAACUAUUUGUUGCCAUAUUACUGGUAUUGAUGGCAUCGGCAACCAUAUCGGUACCCUAUUGUACCCGACUAUGGCAAUACUAUUUGUGUGCAUUUAUAUUUGGCAUGGGUGCCGGUGCCUGGACUACUGCCUACAAUGUCUGGCUAAUUGAACUGUGGUCAGAUAAAUCGGAACUGGUACUAUUUGUAUCACAGUUGAUGUACGGUAUAGGUGCCAGUUUGGGACCAUUGAUUGAUGCACCCUAUCUGACUGGGGAACUGGUGGUUGAGCACCAUCAGCAGCAGCACCCGGUGCAUACUAUGGACAGUAGUCAUAGCUACUUAGCUUAUAAUCUAACUGUCCUUGAUAGUCAUCAGCAUCAGUUAGCUGACCAUGUAACCAGUUUAAUAGGUAUUACCAAUGGUGAGCGCCGGGCUAAACUGGUUACACCCUAUGUUAUUUGCGGUUCAAUACUAUUUAUAUGUCCCAUAAUAUUGUUGAUACUAUUUAUUAUAUGCCGUUAUCAAACAGAUAAUAAUAAUCAAAAUAAUAAUCAAAAUAAUAAUAAAGAUAUUGAAACUACAAUUACUACUACAACUACUACUACUACUACUAAAUCAUAUAAUAAUAAUAAUAAUAAUAACCCGAUUACUAGUAUAGUGGAUGUCCCGGACACUACCAUCAAACCAUUUAACACGUGUCGACCCUUAAUUCAACUAACCAUACUGGCACUGGUAGCUAUGACACUAGCCUGUAUCAACUCAUUGGAAUUGGUCUAUUUUAAUUUUGCCAGUACCUAUUUCCAGUGUAUACCCUUACAUAUACCGGCACACAAUGCAGCCAUUAUAUCAUCGGCACUAAGCAUAUCCUAUACCUGUAGUCAAGCCUUGAAUUUUUUCAUAGCCAUCAAAGUGUCGACAAAAUAUAUGAUUGCCUAUCACUAUGUAUUUACAUUGAUAGCUAUGGUGGCACUGGCAUUUGCCAGCCACUCGAUAGUGGCCAUAUGGAUACUGGCCAUAGCCGUCGGCUACGGGUUUUCCAUACUAUUUCCGGGUAUACUGGGUAUAGCCGGUUCCCAAUUGGACAUAUGCAACCGUAGAGGUACUAUGAUUUUCUUUUUUGUCGGUGCCUUCAAUUUUCUGCCGCCCCUCAUAUUGGGACCCUAUUUGGAGUCGAUGCCCCUGAUAUUUGUCAUAUUGCCACUGGCACUGUUAGUUUUGAGUAUACUGGGUACUAUUGUAUUUGUAAUUUUAAUGAAAAAAUAUGUAUAUAAUGAUAAUGAUAAUGAUAACAGUAAUAAUAAUUGUAAUAAAGUUAGCAAUUGUAAAGAUUAG